CCCUGAGCUGAACCCCGCCACAAUGCUCCACGUCAUUGGUGGGGCACGGGGGUUUUACGGGCUAGCUGGCCUGGCCAGGUACCUGAUCAACCAAGCUUCAUUUUCUAUUCUUCAUCACUCUUUUCUCAACCUGUCAAAUUACCUCAAUACAGCCGAGUGACGAUAUUGCACAAGUUUCAUCAACCCUCAAUACCAUGCCUCACCAUCGCCGAGAGGAAGAGGAAGGAGGAGACUCCUACGGAGGUGGAAACAACGGUGGAGGGGACUCGUACGGAGGCGGCCGUGACAACUACGGAGGCGGUGGGCAGCAACAAUACGGCGGAAGAGACAACUACGGUGGUGGUGGGCAACAGCAAUACGGCGGUGGAGACAAUUACGGUGGUGGCCGAAACGAAUAUGGCGGCGGAGGAGGUCCUGGACGCCGAGACGACUACGGUGGCGGGGGAAACUACGGAGGUGGUGAUUCGUAUGGCCAAGGUGGUGGUGGCGGAGAUUCGUACGGCGGAGGCGAUUCAUAUGGACAACAAGGUGGGGGAGGGGACUCCUAUGAGCAAGGGUACGGGGGAGAGGGGCGCGGUGGGGGAUAUGGCGGUGGGCGUGGCGGAAGAGGAGGCGGCGGAGAAGGCCGUGGGGGCGGGCGAGGAGGACAAGAAUACGGAGGCGGAGGGCACGGCGGCGGCGGUGGCGGCUUCGACUUUAACCAGGUCGAGCAAUACGCUCACGAGCAUGCCGGUGGGAGUGGGGACAGCAGCAUGUUCAGCAACGCCAUGAACCACAUCUCUGGCAACGCCUCCCACCUGCAGAACCAGGGCGUGGACGAAGAUAACAUGGUCCAGGCACACCAGUCCUUUUUCGGCGGUGGGGGAGGCGGAGGAGGCCCGGCCACUAGCGGAGGAAUGGGCUCGGCCGCGGCGAUGCAAGCCUUGAAGAUGUUUGGAUCGGGAGGAGGAAGCUCAGGCAGUGGAGGCGCGAGCAGCGGAGGCGGGAUGCAGCAACAGUUUAUGGGCAUGGCUAUGGGCCAGGCUGCCAAGCUGUUUGAUCAGCAAUCCGCCUCUGGCAAUGUGGCAAGUGGUGCUUCGAAAGAGAGCGCUAUUCAGCAGGCGGCCGAACAAGCAUUCAAGAUGUACAUGGGAUCAAGCGGAGGCGGGGGUUCUGGUGGUGGACUGAUGAGCCUGGCAUCCAAAUUUCUAUAGUCGUUACGUGAGAUAGACGAUAUAGCCAUUGACUAGGACUGUCAUCCAGCACUUAAAUAUAAAGCCCAUCGCGAUAUGUGGAUGUUUGAGGGUGCAUGUGGAAAUAAAAGUUUCCAGGGUCCACGAAGCGGCGCGGAAAAAGGGAAAGCGCAGACCACCCAAGCCGCGGCGCGAUGAUGAUUUUUGGGAAGGAGCAGAGCA